GCUGCGAAGGGCAGCGGAAAAAGCCGAGGCGAAGCCCCGGAAGCUUCGUCGUUAGUGGUCACUGUCAGCUCGUUGUUUGAGCGAUGUGCUCUAUCUGCCGAUGCCCCACCGUGUCGGCUGUGGGUUUAAUAUAAAUGGGAGUAGAAAUAUAGUGAUACGGAGUUCCUGCUCACGAAAUAAAGACUGCAAAGGUGUCUGCCAACAUUACCAUCUCUGCAGAUGUGCUUCUUCCCUAAUGGUGCUCUGCACACCACAGCAUGUUGUUGUAAAGCUCAGUAAUAUCAGGGCAGGAUGCAGUCUUCAAACCACCGGCUACGAGAUAUGGAUCAGCACCACCCACUGCUUUCAGCCGGUGCAGACGUAGAGACGGGCAGCCUGGGAGCUGGAGUGAUGGUUGGAGGUCCAAACUCGGGCCACACUGCAGGGAACCGCACAGUCUGGUUCAUUCAGGACAGCUGCGGUAUGGUGUGCGCAACCAUGACUUGGUUCCUGGUGCUGUACGCCGAGUUUGUGGUGAACUUUGUCAUGCUUCUGCCCGCCAAAAACUUUUGGUACUCCUUACUGAACGGAGCCACCUUCAACUCCCUGGCUGUGCUUGCGCUGGCAUCCCACCUGCGUACGAUGUUGACCGACCCAGGUGCAGUUCCUAAGGGCAAUGCAACCAAGGAGUACAUGGAUAGUUUGCAGCUUAAGCCUGGUGAGGUCAUCUACAAAUGCCCAAAGUGUUGCAGCAUCAAACCUGAAAGAGCACACCACUGCAGUAUUUGUAAACGAUGCAUCCGGAAGAUGGAUCAUCACUGUCCCUGGGUCAAUAACUGCGUAGGAGAAAAGAAUCAGAGAUUCUUUGUUCUUUUUACUAUGUACAUAGCCUUGAUUUCAGCCCAUGCUCUGGGCCUCAGUGGAAUGCAUUUUUUCACAUGCAUUAAGGUGCAGUGGAACGAGUGCAGUGACUUCUCACCGGGGGUGUCGGUUCUGCUGCUGAUCUUCCUCUGUCUCGAAGCCAUCCUCUUCCUCACUUUUACAGCUGUGAUGUUUGGCACACAGAUUCACUCUAUCUGCAAUGAUGAGACGGAGAUUGAGCGUCUUAAAAACGAGAAGCCCACAUGGGAACGUCACAUGAGAUGGGACGGAAUGAAAUCCGUUUUUGGGGGCCCACCAUCUUUUCUGUGGUGCAACCCAUUCACGGGUCUGCGUCUGAGGCGUCUGUUGAUGGUGACCCAGGGUCGCCGUGGUGGCUCCGAGUUUUCCGUUUGACAAUCUGGGCAGAAUGAUGGAGAUCACCCACACGUUGGCUGCGUCUAAAGCAGGAUUACUUAUUUGUCCGCCCUGUGAGGAUUAAGAUGGACCUUUUCUUUCGGACGCUGGCAAUUUGGAGGGGCCGAUGCACAGGCUGCUGCAGUGGGACCUCAGAGCAUCUCAUCUCUCACGCCCACUGGCUGUUAAACACCCAACACUGUUUGUGUUGUUCUGCGCUUGAGUUCUCAAUAAUUGGGCUAUUCGUCUUUACUUGAGCAGCAUUAUGAUUUGUUUGUAUGGAUUUUGGAAAAGCACUUACUGCAGAAAUCAAGUGAAACGUUUGUUCCUCACCAUCCAAGUAAUGUUGGAGAUGCACAUAUGUGAUCCAGACAGUGUGUCAUGAGGGAUGUGAACAGCAUAUGAUUUAUUGUCAGAAGGAUCUCAAAGGGAGAAAUGCUCAGUACUCUUCUGGAACCAGACAUGGGAAUCACAGUCUAGGAUAUGCACUACUUUCUUCAAAACGGCCUUGUUUGUUGAGCACAAUGAACUGCAGUGAUUACACUAUGUGCUCCAACAUGCAUGUAAAACAGACCUGUCAAUCAGCCUGGGAUUGUCUUUUAAAGAAACAGACCAUUAUGAACACGAGCCUUAUUCUUAGUCAAGAGGACCAAAUGGCUUUUCUCAUCAGCUCGUCCUCUUCGUCUUGUAAUUUUUCUCUUUGAGCUGAUUUUUGUUGUUGUUACGUGAGCCUGUAAAGAUAUUCCAUUUUAAGUGACUGCUGACGCCUUACCACCAUGACCACUAUUCAACAGCUAACUUUGAUGACUCACUGGAGAUGACUACUGCUGUCCUGAAUCCUCAUUUGGAUAAGAAAGUAAUUUUCUUGCCAUUCAUCCCUGCCUACAUGCUGCUUAACAUCUCUGGAGUGUUUCUGAAAUAAUAAGUCAGAUCACUGAUAUGUCUCCCUGUAUUUUCACCUCAAAAUAAUCAAGGCCGUAGAUUGAAUGUUAUUUAGUCUGAACUGUUUUCUUUUUGUGUUUUUCUUUAAGCGGUCAAUUGGAGGAGACUUUUCUAAGCGGUUAGGAAUACACAAGAAUAUGACAAGGAGAUUGCAUUGCAUUCAGACUCUGAAACAACCUCAGAAGCUGCUCAAGACAGAGCCAAGUCUGAGACAUGGUUGGUUUGCAUGCUGCUUGGCAACUGUGUGGUGCAACGUUUGUUAAAGAGGACUCUGGAACUCUAGCACAUCAAUGGACUACACAACCAAGCUUUUUUUUCUUUGUGAACUCACUUAUGAUUGGAAGUAGUUUUAUUAUUCAGGCUUUAAUACUGAACCAUGUUUUAGGAAACUCAGCAGAUGCUUGCAAGGCCUUUAUUUUCCAUUUGACCACUGUAUAAGUUUAACCCUUCAUUAUCUGUAAGCAGGGCAGGAAGUGAUAUCUUUCAGGUGUUUUAUUAGAGCGCUUAAGCUGUUAAAAUAAUAAAGAUGCCCACCUUUGAAUUUUCCCUUGGCAGAAGUCAUAUGUCUGGAAGCACUUGAGACUGAUGCUUCCUGAAUUUAAAGUUAAGUAUUGUUUAAAAGGCUAGUAGUGCUCAAGUAUUAUCAAAUUGACCCUCUUAAGUCUCAUAUCCUCAGUUGUUUAAUGAUAUACUGCUGUUAUGUCUUAUCUGUGGUGGUCAGGAGGGGAUACUCUCAGCUGUUUACAUUGCAUAUUAUUAUUAAAACCUCUAAGGACA